AUGGAGACUAUAGCCUGUAAUGAAUCAGAGGAGUCAUGGACCAUCUUCUACCUUAUGGGCAUCCCUUCUCUGCCGAAAUCCCUCUUCCUUCCUAUCUUCUUCAUCUUUCUCCUCCUCUACCUGCUCAUCCUGGUGGGAAAUGCCCUGAUCCUGGUGGCUGUGGUGGCAGAGCCCAGCCUCCACAAGCCCAUGUACUUCUUCCUGAUCAACCUCUCAGCCCUGGACAUCCUCUUCACCACAACCACUGUCCCAAAGAUGCUGUCCCUAUUCUUGCGUGGGGAUCGCUACCUCAGCUUCUCUGCCUGCUUCCUGCAGAUGUACCUCUUCCACAGUUUCUCCUGCUCUGAAGCCUUCAUCCUGGUGGUCAUGGCCUAUGACCGCUAUGUGGCUGUCUGCCGCCCACUGCACUACCCUGUGCUCAUGACCCCACAGACCAAUGCUGCCCUGGCAGCCAGUGCCUGGCUCACUGCCCUCCUUCUGCCCAUCCCAGCAGUGGUGCAGACCUCCCACAUGGCUUUUGAAAACAUCGCUCACAUCUACCACUGCUUCUGUGACCACUUAGCUGUGGUCCAAGCCUCCUGCUCUGACACCACACCCCAGACCCUCAUGGGCUUCUGCAUCGCCAUGGUGGUGUCCUUCCUGCCCCUUCUCCUGGUGCUUCUCUCCUAUGCCCACAUCCUGGCCUCAGUGCUUCGCAUCAGCUCCCGAGAAGGACGGUCAAAAGCCUUCUCCACUUGCAGCUCCCACCUCCUGGUGGUUGGCACUUACUACUCAUCCAUUGCCAUAGUCUAUGUGGCCUACAGGGCUGACCUGCCUCUUGACUUCCACAUCAUGGGCAAUGUGGUGUAUGCUAUUCUCACACCUGUCCUCAACCCUCUCAUCUACACGCUGAGGAAUAAGGAUGUAAAGACAGCCAUCACCAAAAUGGCAUGUCCCUGGAACCCAAAUAAUCCUGCAAAACCCUGA